AUGAAAUGGUCGUUUGUGACGGUUCCUGACGAAUUCUUAAUUCUGGCUCGUAAGCAUCUCUGUCGUUUUGUCGUACGUUUCGUCGCAGUCGUGUCCAUUCUCUUUCUUCUUUUUCAUCCGAAUAUAACUGACAUCUUUCCUGGUUUGGCCAAAUAAUAUGUGUACGUUGCGAUUCGUUGAGGUUGAUAGAUCCUUGCGCACUUGGUGAAUUAUUACUGUUGCUAUCUGUCAUUUGACGCAUGACUCGAUAAGCCUUUAGAUGGUUGAUUGCCUCAUUUGCCCGGUUGACCAAACUGGUGAUUGGCCAAUGAUGUUGGAUUUCAUUUCGGUCUGAUUUCUCGUCGUCAGUCAAGUAGUUGACUAAAAAAUUCUCUUCCUCAUCUUGCUUCGCUUCGCUUAAACCUUCCAUAUACUGAUGAUAGUGACGAAUAACUGAUUGGAGCUUCUCGGUCCUCUGAGAUAGAUGUACGAGUUCCAUCUCAACUUCGAUUAGGAGUUCCCGUUCCUCCUCUUCCGUGGGUGUCGAUUUGAUUUUGUCGAUAUACGAAUCGGCAUUCUUUAGACGUUCUACGAGUGACGUCACCGCUACACUGAGCUCUUGACGAAGUAUUCGUGACAUGUUGA